AUGACCGCUGAGGAGAACAAGCCCGUGAGCACCGAGGAGAAGAAGAACCGUAGCAGGUGCUUCUUCGACAUCACGAUUGGUGGCAAGCCGGUGGGCCGCAUCAUUUUCGAGCUCUACAAUGAUAUUGUGCCCAAGACCGCCGAGAACUUCCGCGCCCUGUGCACGGGCGAGAAGGGCAUUGGCAAGUCCGGCAAGCCAUUGCACUACAAGGGCUGCAUCUUCCACCGUGUGAUCAAGCAGUUCAUGAUUCAGGGUGGUGACUUUACUGCUGGCAAUGGCACUGGCGGCGAGUCCAUCUAUGGCGCCAAGUUUGAGGACGAGAACUUCGAGCUCAAGCACGACCGCCCGUUCCUGCUGUCCAUGGCCAAUGCUGGGCCGGGCACCAAUGGUUCGCAAUUUUUCAUCACCACGGUCGCGACCCCACACCUCGACGGCAAGCACGUCGUCUUCGGUGAGGUGAUCAGCGGCAAGUCUGUCGUUCGUCAGAUCGAGAACCUUCAGACACAAGCCGACAAGCCCAUCAAAGAUGCCGUGAUUGCUGACUGCGGCGAGCUCGACCCAUCCGAGGCUCUCGACGCCGCAACCAAGAAGGCUGACAAGUAUGGCGAUGAAUACGAAGACUUCCCUGAGGACCAGCAUCCCGGCGACGAGGCAAUGCCCGCCCAGGAAGUCCUCAAGAUCGCUUCAGCCUGCAAGGAGUAUGGCAACAAGGCCUUCAAGGACGGCGACUAUAGCGUGGCGCUGGACAAGUAUCAGAAGGGCAUCCGGUACCUGAACGAGGAGCCGGACUUCGACAACGAGCCGGCGGAGGCGAAGCAGCAGUACGACCAGCUGCGCGUGACGCUUAACAGCAACGCGGCGCUGAUGAACAUCAAGCUGGGCGACUGGAAGGAGGCGGUCAAGUGCGCGGAUAACGCGCUGCUGGUUGAGGGUAUUUCGGACAAGGACAAGGCCAAGGUGCUCUACCGCCGUGGCUUUGCCCAGGUUCGUCUCAAGGAUGAGGACGAAGCGCUAAAGAAUCUCGAGGAGGCUAUUAAGCUGGUCCCUGAGGAUCCUGCAGUGAAGGCUGAGCUGGCGGCUGUCAAGAAGGCCGCUGCUGAGAGGCGUGCCAAGGAGAAGGCCGCCUACAAGAAGUUCUUUGAGCUAUGA